AUGGCGUCCGUUUCGACUGCGGGUGAAGCAGUGGCGAGAGUCGCUUACUUGGCCAGCGAUGUCGUUCUCUCCGUUCAACCGUCUUUGCAGGCCGAUUCUUGGUUCUCCAAGACUCUCAAGACCCUGAAGGCCAGCAAUGCUCGUAGCAUUCUGCCACGCGGUGUCACUGACGUGGUGGCUGUUCGCUAUAACGAAGAUCCCCUCCUCUCCGCUUUCCACCCUCUGCAAACAGGAAACACCGUGUCUGUUGUGACCACCUCCUCCACUCUGCUCUCUUCCAUCCCUCACCUCUACCGUUUGGCGAACACCCCUGUCGUCAUCCAUGUCGCUCUGGAGCCCUAUCCCUUCCCAGACUACUCCGUGAUCAGCUCUAUCAGGCAAUGCGGGUUCACUUUCUUGCAUUCCGAGACGCUCCAGGAGGCCCAGGAUAUCGCUAUUACCGCUCAUGCGUUGUCCCGCAAGUCCGGCAAAGGUGUCAUCCACUUCUUCGACCCUGCCAAUUCCGCUCGCGAUGAUGCCAUUGCCGAGGAAGAUACCGAGGUUCUUCGCUCUGUUCUCAACUUGGGCGGAAGCUCUGUGACACAUACGUCUGGCCUGGGUGCCCAGACGCUGUACACUGACUCCGGACGGGUCGCUACAGUGACCGAGGAUGUGGACAGUGCCACCGGCCAGGCCGAGGGUUCUUCCACCCCUGCCCAGGCUACUCAGACCCCUUCCAAUACCACCGGACGCAACUACCGCGCGAUCGAGUAUACUGGUCCCUCCGAUGCCAAGUCGGCCAUCUUCGUUUUCGGCUCAACUGGCGUGUUUGUGGACGUUCUGGGCAAGGAGGAGGCUUCCGGUGAGCUUGGAAAUGUUGGCUUGAUCACUGCGCGGUUGUACCGCCCCUGGGUUGGCGGCCAGAUUGUCGAAUCUAUCCCGAGCUCGAUUGAGAAGAUCGCCGUGCUGGAGCAGGUCCGCAAGACUACGAAGUGGGGACCGGCGUUCAUGGAUCUUCUUUCCAGUCUGUCCCCGGCUGCUGGUCGGGCCACCCCCAAGAUUGUGGGAUACAGACUGGGAUAUGUUGAGCCCUCCACUGCCGUUCAGGCUCUUCGUGGCAUUGUGCAGAACCUGAGCUCUCCCUCCCCUAUCCAAAACCUUGAGAUCGGAACCUCGAAGGUCCCUUCCAUUGAGACUUCUCUUGAGCAGCCCCAUGUUGAGAACGCCUACCUCAAGAUUCUCAACCAGCUCUUCGGUGAACGCCUGCACAUCGCCAACCAGCUGGGCUCGAAGCAUGCCGGAAUCUCCUCUACCAUUGCUGCCAGCCCUGAAUACGGAUUCGGUGCGCUGAUCGCCAGGCUGGAGCACCGCCAGCGCUUUAUUCGCGAAGUCGAGGAGGCAUCCAAGUCCACCAGCUUCGCCACUGAUGUCCCCAGGACAUGGCUGUCCAACUGGGCCCUCAGUGCUGCCGAUGCCUCCAAGGCCAACAAGCUGGCACCCGAUGUCAUUGCCCGCCUCUCCAACGACGGUUCUCAGCUUGCCAGACAGCUCUUGCAGUCCAAGAAGCUGUUCUACGAUGAGUCUUUGUGGCUCAUUGGCUCUGACGCCUGGGCUUAUGAUCUCGGCAACUCCGGUGUUCACCACGUUCUUGCCUCUGGAGCCAACGUCAACAUGCUCGUCAUUGAUUCGCAGCCUUACUCCGAGCGCACCGCCGCGGACCCCACUCGCAGAAAGAAGGACAUCGGUCUGUAUGCCAUGAACUUUGGCAACGCCUAUGUUGCCUCCGUCGCCGUCUACGGCUCGUACACUCAGGUUCUCCAGGCUAUGGCUGAGGCCGAGAAGUUCAAGGGUCCCUCCGUCGUCGUUGCCUACCUUCCCUACAACCAGGAGAACGACUCUGCUUUGACCGUGCUUCAGGAGACCAAGAAGGCUGUUGACCUUGGUUACUGGCCGCUGUACCGCUGGAACCCCGGCAACGAUGAGAACGACGAACCUAAGUUCUCUCUGGAUUCGGACCGGAUCAGGCGCGAACUUGAAGAGUUCCUUCGGAGGGACAACCAGCUUACCCAGCUCAUGAACCGUCACCCCAAGUACUCAGCUGUGCUUUCUGAGUCCUACGGAACUGAGGUCCGCUCUCUUCAGAAGCGCCAGGCCAAGGACUCUUAUGAGAAGCUUCUUGAGGGUCUCUUUGGUGCUCCUCUGACCAUUCUCUUCGCCUCUGACAACGGCAACGCCGCGACUCUGGCGAAGCGCCUCGGCAACCGUGGUCGUGCCAGAGGUCUGAAGACCAUGGUCAUGGCCAUGGAUGACUAUCCUCUUGAUGACCUCGCCACCGAAGAAAACGUGGUCUUCAUCUCCAGUACCGCCGGUCAGGGUGAAUUCCCCCAGAAUGGCCGUGGCUUGUGGGAGUUCGUGAAGAACACCGGUGAUUUGGAUCUGUCUUCCAUCAACUACUCCGUUUUCGGUCUUGGUGACAGCCACUACUGGCCGCGCAAGGAAGACAGAAUCUACUACAACAAGCCCGCCAAGGACCUUGAUGCUCGUAUCGCCUUCCUUGGUGGACGCAAGCUGACCGACAUUGGUCUUGGUGAUGACCAAGAUCCCGAUGCCUUCCAGACCGGCUACUCCGAGUGGGAGCCUCGUCUCUGGCAGGCUCUGGGUGUGGACAAGGUCGAGGGUCUGCCGGAGGAGCCUGCGCCGUUGACCAACGAGGAUAUCAAGAUCCAGUCCAACUACCUGCGUGGUACGAUCGCCGAGGGACUGCUGGAUGAAACCACUGGUGCUAUCUCCGCCAGUGACCAGCAGCUCACCAAGUUCCACGGUACUUACAUGCAGGAUGACCGUGAUGUCCGUGACGAGCGCAAGGCCCAGGGUCUUGAGCCUGCUUACAGCUUCAUGAUCCGUUGUCGACUGCCCGGUGGUGUAGCCACUCCCCUCCAGUGGCUUCAGAUGGAUGCUAUCAGUAGCUCUCAUGGUAACGAGACCAUGAAGUUGACUACCAGACAGACCUUCCAGUUCCACGGUGUUAUCAAGCGCAAGCUCCGCGGCGCCAUGCGCGCUAUCAACAAGUCGCUCAUGACCACCAUCGCUGCUUGCGGUGAUGUCAACCGUAACGUCAUGUGCAGUUCCCUCCCUGAGCUUUCUUACUUCCACCGCGAGACGCACGCCGUCGCCCAGAAGAUCAGUGAUCACUUGCUUCCUGCGACUACUGCCUACCAUGAGAUCUGGUUGAAGGAUGAGGACGACAAGAAGGUCCAGGUUGCGGGCGACGCUGUUGUUGACCAUGAGCCGCUUUACGGUCCCACUUACCUUCCCCGUAAAUUCAAGAUCACCAUUGCCAUUCCUCCCCACAACGAUACCGAUGUCUACGCACAUGAUAUUGGUCUGAUUGCUAUCAAGGGCGCCGAUGGACACUUGGAGGGUUUCAACAUCACUGCUGGUGGUGGUAUGGGUGCGACUCACAACAACAAGAAGACCUAUCCUCAGACGGGACGCAUGUUCGGUUACGUCCCUGCUGACCAGGCCCACAUUGUCUGUGAGAAGAUCAUGCUGGUUCAGCGCGACCACGGUGACCGUAAGAACCGCAAGCACGCUCGUCUAAAGUACACCAUCGAUGACAUGGGCGUGGCUGCCUACAAGGAGAAGGUCGAGGCUCUUCUUCCCGAAGGCCUGCGCUUUGCCGAGCCCCGUCCCUUCAAGUUCGUUUCGAACGUCGAUACCUUUGGCUGGCUGAAGGACGAGAAGGGUCUCAACCACUUCACGUUCUUCAUCGAGAACGGACGUAUUGAGGAUACCGCUGACUUCAAGAUGCGCACUGGUCUGCGUGAGCUUGCCAAGCUCGACAAGGGCGAGUUCCGUCUUACUGGUAACCAGCACUUGAUCCUGUCCAACAUCGAGGAUGCAGACCUUCCUGCCAUCAAGGAGCUGAUGGCUCAGUACAAGCUUGACAACACCUCUUUCAGCGGUCUGCGUCUCUCUUCAUCUGCUUGUGUUGCCUUCCCCACCUGUGGUCUGGCCAUGGCUGAGUCCGAGCGUUACCUGCCGGUCCUGAUCUCCAAGCUGGAGUCUACUCUUGAGGAGGUCGGCUUGGCUAGCGACAGCAUCGUCAUGCGUAUGACUGGUUGCCCCAACGGCUGUGCCAGACCUUGGCUUGCCGAGGUUGCUUUCGUUGGUAAGGCCUACGGUGCGUACAACAUGUACCUCGGUGGUGGCUACCACGGCCAGCGUCUGAACAAGCUUUACCGCUCUUCGAUCAAGGAAGAUGAGAUCCUCGAGAUUAUGAAGGGUCUCCUCAAGCGGUACUCCCAGGAGCGUAACACUGAUGGCGAGACCCCUGAGAGAUUCGGAGAUUGGUGUAUCCGUGCGGGUGUCAUCAAGGCGACCACCGACGGACAGAACUUCCACGAAGGAGUUGCUGAAGACGACGAGGAGGAGGAGUAG